AUGAUCUCCACGUAUGUCAUGGGCCUGGUGUUCACACUAUUCGGAGUAAUUGCACAGGCCGCCAUGUACAGACAGAGUUUCGCACCAUGUAAGUUUUUAUUUUGUGUUAGUUCGAGGUUUUAUUUUAUAACAUUUUUGGGGACUGAUUCACAUAUUUCAAAAAUUUGGGAAGAAUUUAAAAAAUUUAAAUAGGGCUUGCUUUUCUGAUUAAUUUUAAGAAGCCCAGCCUUUUGUAUAUGGCUAUGUUAGUUAGAAAUGACCUCUGGGCUGGGCUGGACUGAAGCAAGUUUUUCAAAAUUAAAAAUUUUUUUUAAAUAUAAAAAAUUAACUUAUGUGUAAUAAUGUAUUAGUUAGACAUAGUUUUUGGGCUGGCUUAAACUUACUUUUGACUAAAAAAAUUUUUUUGAAAUUUUGUAAAGCUUGCUAUAUCUACUCUACCUAACUUUAUAAUUAAACCUUGCCAGCCUUUUUUAUUUUCCACUCCUCUUUAAAAACUGUCAUUUGCUAACACCUACUGUCAUAAAAAGCCUUUUUAAACGUUGUAACUUUACAUUACUUUACACUCGGCCUUUAUUUACCUAUGACGACGUUGACGUAGCGGAAAUUCUGAUCGGAAGGCUUUUACGUAGAGUUAGCGGACUUUGCAAUGGCAAAAUAUAAAGAUUAAUUAUUACGUAUUGUCACCAAAGUAUUUGACAGUAUUUCGUUGGUGUUCAGACAAAAUGACAAUAGUAUUGAAAAGAGAUAAAAAUUUUGUCGUUUUUUUGUUAACGAAACAAUGUAAUUUGACGAUAACACUUUUUUGACAUCUUGAUAUUGCCUUUUUUAUUGUUUUUUGCAUUUUUUGGAAGAAUGCAGCUAUUAUGCUACAUUGUCAUUUACAUUUUCAUAAAAUCACAUCAUUGCUGUUGUAACUUCUCUUCUAAAGUAACCAAACAAUGUCUUUUCAUAUUGUCAUCAAAAACAAAUUAUUAGGUUGUUCAAAUAAUUAUCUGCUCUUUAACCUCAAAAAUUUGUUUUACGAAGAGGCACAGGAUUAAUUGAACAACAAAAUAGUUGAAAUACUUCAGGAAGUAGAUGUUUUGUAAUAAGAUUAGUAGCCGUGAAUGGUAUAUGAGCUAAAUGAACAUGUUGCAUUCUUGGAGAUUAGUAAUAGGAAAUAGAUUGAUACAGAAGACUUACAAAUUAAAGUGAUUAUGGUAUGUUGGGGCUUCUGGAUGAAGUAGAGUAUAGUGACAAGGAAAAACAAUGAUGAUAUGUCUCAAAAAAUAAAAAGAUACAAUAUAUAUGGUCUGUAAUAUAGAUUUUAUAGUUUUAGUUGUAGCUUAAUAUUGAAAAACUUUGUAUAACAAACUUUCCUAAAGAAAAAUUGUUAUAAAGAAGUUCUACUCUAUUUUUUUGGCUACACUGUCUAAAAGAUGUAAGCUAGACCGUGCUGGUUUUUAGAAACUUUUUGAUGUAAAUUAAUAAAGAUGAUAGCAUGUCAUGCUUCUUUACACUCUUAUACUGCAUAGUAAACAUACAAAGUAUUACUUACCUAUUACUCUUUUUUAAUACUACUAAUAAAUUAAUCAUAAUAACAAUUUUGCAACAAAAUCAUCCCCAUGACUCCUACUUACUUUACUUUAAUAUAAAUCUUCACAAUCUUCUUUCUUACUUAACAUGUAUACGUUUUAAUACUGCAAAGCUUAUUCUAUUUGCUACUCAAAAUAUUAUACACCUUCAAGCUAUAAAGCUCACACACCUUCCUUCUACAUUACAUUCUUAAAGCUUACAAAUCUUUUUACUACAUCACAAAGCAAGUCAGUUGACCGAACACUUGCCUAAUCGUUAGAUUAAUCUUAGCACCUUGGGUAAUCUGAAGAGUCCAAACAAGUUACGUUAUGUUUUAUCCAAAGAUAAUCUCGAGUAGGGUUCGUAUCUUUGUUUUCUCAAGUUUUUGUUGCUUGUUUACGUUGACUACAGUAAAGUUGCAAGGACUAAGCUUAUUACGAAACCUUAAAAGUUAUUAAGCAAUUUUUGACUGACAUGGCUAUCUUGUGACUUAAAAUCACUUUAAAAAAAUAGUUUUUGAAUUUCAGUUUUUUAAAAUGACUUUUUUUAAUUUUUGAUUAUUUUAAAAUUACUUUUCUUAAACUUUUGAGCAGUUUUAGAGCUACAAUAAGGUGUCGAAGAAGAAACAUAGUAUUUAUGUAACCCUAAACUAUGACAGUAUAAAACCUUGUAACGUUUGACCGCAGACUAAGGACCUGCAAAGUCACGACUAGCUCAAUUUUAGGUCCUAUUAAUGGUUUUAUCUCAUCUUAUCUAUUUUAAAGCAUACUACAGUUUUUGUCUAAAUUUAUAUAAAGAAAUGGACUUAUUGGAAUUCAAAUCUAAAGUACUAAUUGAAAGGAAUUAGCACGUCAUUUAGCAACAACAUAAAAGUUUUACAUUUUUUAAGUUCAAACAAUUUUUUUCAAAUUUGAAAAAAAAGGUUUUUGAGACAGAUUAGCUGAUAAUUGAGCUGGUGAUGUGAUAACAAAUUUUUUGUUAAUAAACUUUUUAAAACUAAACAGUAAAAUUAAUAUUGAGGACUUAGCGUGAUUGGUUUGAAUAUAACUUAGUAGGUCUGAAUUUGUAGUAUCUUGUAGUAUCUUGUUGAGGUUUGUGGCUACAUAAGCUACUGUAACAUAAAAGAAGAAGAUUUUUAAGCAUAAUUUUAAAAUUAUUUUAAAAAUACAAUCCCUAGUCUUUUUACUUAUAAAUACACUUUCAGUAACCGCCUCAACGCUUGGUGAACCACUAAACGACCCCUCCUUCCUCCUCAACUCCCCCUACCCCGCCGUUUACUUUGCCAACAAUGCCGACUCACUCACGCCCGCCAAACCACAAACACCAGCUGUGAACGGUGAAUCGACCAUAGCCAACGAGAAGCGGGCGUACAUGCGGCUAGGCAAACGUGCCUACAUGCGAUUGGGGAAACGGUCGCAAAAGUUCCAAGAACUGAUGGAGAAGCGGGCUCGGCUUCGUCUCGGCUAA